UUCAAUGUGGGGGUCUUGCAGAGGUGGUGUUGCUAAACUGCAGUGUGAAACAAGAAAGGAACAAUAUCAAAGUGAAAGCUUUUGUCAUUUGUUCUCAGAAUUUCCAGCCCUAGCCUCAGGUUUCCAAACUCCCUCAACCACCAAAAGAAAUGACCAACAGAAUACACACAUAUAUAUAUUAGACCAGCAGUGAAUGAAAUAUUUUAUAUUUCUUGUUGUCCUCUUCAAGGAGCCUAGUCAAAAUGUAUUACUCAGGGUUGGUCAUCAUUUCAUUAAGCUGGCUUUUUACAUACACAGUAGAAGGUUUUGCAGGUGAAUUAGCAAGAAACUGUUGCCUAAAUGUGGUACAAAAAAAGAUUGAUGUUCAAAACAUUGAAAGUCACAGCAUACAGAAUCAAGACGGGAACUGCCCUAUACAUGCUGUCAUCUUUGUACUAUGCCAAAGUAAACAAAAACGAUGUGCCAGUCCUAAGGAAAAAUGGGUAAAAAAAGCAAUCAAGACGUUAUCCAAGAGGAAGAAGAAUUAUACAUGCAGAAGGAGAAAUCAGAAAGAUCAACAAAAGAAGAAGUCAAAACAAAGGCGUAAACAAACAAAAAACACUUACAAUAAGCCACAUCAGUCAGUCACAUUAUUACCAGUAUCAAAUUUAGCAACAACACUAAAAUUAUGAAUAAUUUCCAGCUCAAAAAUGGAGACUAAAAAGCCUUAAAAGUGGCAGAUACUUAUAAGUGAUGCUGUCCUCUGUGAAAAUCCAUGUUAUUAUAUUAUUGCUGCAAUAUGCUGCAAUAUGAAUUUCUAUUUUAAGGCAAAUAACAUUUGGCCAUUUAAAAAACAGUACUCCGUAUAAGAUAGUUCUCUAUUAUCUGUUUCUGAUUCUGCAUCAUCUGCAUCCGCAUUUUAGUGUCUGGCACAUAGUCAGUACAGAAGGAUACACCACUGGCUGGUAAAGUGAUGGCAUCCUCUAUGCAGCAGCAAGUUAUCUAGUAAUCUAGAUAACAUGAACGCAAAACAUAUUCCAUACAUCAUGCACUGAAUUUGACUGGAGAAUGAGAGACUUACAUGCCUAUUAGCUGGCAAAGGAUUUGCAGUUGUAUUAACUCUGAAAGGAUAGUAUCAUAUUUCUUCUAAAAAUGUGAGCCUUAGAGAAUAUCUUCCUAGAACAAUUCAAGAAGAAAGUGUGCAGAAAGAAGCAUUCUGGAGAGCAGUUUGCAGCUACAAGUCUCUCUUUGUUCAUCCACAAAAUCAAACAUCAUACACUUUCAUGCAGAUUAACUGCACAUGCAAGCAAGUGUAUUUCCACAUACACACACACACACACACACACACACACACACACACACACACACACACACACACACACAC